GUAGGAGUACCACUUCCCACUGGCUGAAUGCAGUGGUUGGGAACAGUAGCGGUUUGGAUCAGUUUGAAUUUGGGCCAUUUUUUGAGUGUCAGUGCAGUGCAGUGAUUAACGAUUUGACAGUGACAGCAAAAGCUCCUUUGCAGAUUACUCCUUCAACACGGACUUCAUAGUCAUAAUGACAUCCAGCCUAUUGAGGGCGCUCACCGUAGAUUGAAUGAAAUCAUCUGAAAGUCUGGCAUUUCUUGUCUUACACGGUGUUUUUCGUGGUGGUGAGAGAUGAGUAGCUGACAAAAUGGCUGUAGGCACAGGACUGGGCAAAACUAGGAGUAUAAGAGAGGAUUCCUAGGCAGCGAAAAAAAAUCGGGAAAACGUUAUUUACUUAACGAAAAAUUGAGAUAGUUGUACCGUAACAACAAAUGUGGGUCGAUACUAAGUUAGCUAACGAAUGAAAAAGGGUAGAGGCAGAAUACGGGUCUUAUGAUCGAAACAGAACGUCAUAGCUAGCUGGUUGGCUAGUCUGCUACCAUUGCUAGCCAACACAAUCGAAUAUUGCCGGCUACUUGGCUUGAUAAUUGAGAAAAAUUGUUAAAUACGCUAGACAGCUAGUUAACGUUGGCUAACAAGUACAAACCUAGCGCUCGCCAUUUUUGUUCUGUUUUACGUAGGUUCUCCUAAAUAUGCUUCACCGUUGCAUCGUUUGUACAUCUUGUUAGCUAGCUCUGACAUGUUAAAUUGCAGGGAGGAUAUAUAAGCCAGUUAUUUAACAGGCCACAAUUUUGCUAGUUAGUUAGCUAGACAGGUAUUUGAGCAGGUAUUUGGUAAAGCUCAGAUACAAUCACAUGUCGUCUUGCCAAACAGAGUUUAAAUGAAUAGAGCGUAGUAACGAGGAACCCAUCUAGUGUUAAGGCUAGCUAUCUCAGAAAUUAUCAGAGGGUAACGUUAGCUAGCCAGCUUUACCUAGCUUGAAAACUUACUCUAUUUUCUCGUAAAUUAGUACUUGUUUUUACUUGAAAACAGGGCUCUUCUCACAUUAGUCCGGCCAAAAUGGUCACCUUUGAUUGUUUUAUUUAGUUAGUCAUUCUUGUACAUUUGUCUGCUGACCGCUGCCUUGUGAUUCACGUGAAAUUGGUGUCCAUAGGACAGAAGUCAGAAAAUGUCAGAAAAUCAGGGUAACGUGAACAACAACCCCCUCAAUAACAAUGGCGGGACGAACAGAAUACGGAACCCCAAUAUCAACCAAAACCCGCUCAUCAAUGUGCGGGACCGGCUUUUUCACGCUCUCUUCUUUAAGAUGGCUGUAACAUACGCCAGGUUGUUCCCACCAUCUUUCAGAAGAAUCUUCGAGUUCGUUGUACUAUUAAAGGCCCUGUUUGUGCUCUUCAUCCUGGCCUACAUCCACAUCGCCUUCUCCCGCUCGCCCAUCAACUGCCUGGAGCACGUGCGGGAGAAGUGGCCCCGCGACGGCAUCCUGAGGGUGGAGAUCCAGCGCAACUCCAGCCGGGCGCCCAUCUUCCUGCAGUUCUACGAGACGGAGGGCUUCCAGGGCCUGGUGAAGGAGCCCGAGGGGGAGCCGGGCGCGCUGGCCUCGCUGCACCAGGAGGAGGAAGAGGAGGAGGAGGAGAUGACCCUGGAGAUGUUCGACAACAGCUCAGUGCAGUUUGAGCUGGACAUCGAGCCCCGGCUGAAGCCCUCCUUGAGCAGCAGCGGGCCGGGGGUGGGCCUCAACGAGACGCAGGACCUCUCCUUCAGCCAGGCGUCCACUAAAGGUAUGCAGCCGCUGAGGGAGACAGUCUCCGAGCUUGAGAUGCUAACCCGAGCAGUAUGGCCUCAGGAGGAGUACAUAGUGGAGUAUUCACUGGAGUACGGCUUCCUGCGCCUAUCCCAGAAUACACGGCAGCGUCUCAACAUCCCCGUCAUGGUGGUCACACUAGACCCAAUGAAGGACCAGUGCUUUGGCGACGGGUUCAGCCGCUUCCUGUUGGAUGAGUUCCUGGGCUAUGAUGACAUCCUCAUGUCCAGUGUGAAGGCCUUGGCGGAGAACGAGGAAAACAAAGGUUUCCUGAGGAACGUGGUUUCUGGGGAACAUUACCGCUUCGUCAGCAUGUGGAUGGCGCGCACGUCCUACCUCGCUGCCUUCGUCAUCAUGGUCAUAUUUACCCUGUCCGUUUCCAUGCUGCUGCGCUACUCUCACCAUCAGAUCUUCGUCUUCAUCGUUGACCUGCUGCAGAUGCUGGAGAUGAACAUGACCAUCGCCUUCCCAGCAGCCCCCCUGCUCACGGUCAUCCUGGCCCUCGUCGGAAUGGAAGCCAUCAUGUCGGAGUUCUUCAACGACACCACCACGGCGUUCUACAUCAUCCUCAUCGUGUGGCUGGCCGAUCAGUACGACGCCAUCUGCUGCCACACCAACACGAGCAAGCGCCACUGGCUCCGGUUCUUCUAUCUGUACCACUUCGCCUUCUACGCCUACCAUUACCGCUUCAACGGCCAGUACAGCAGCCUGGCUCUGGUCACCUCCUGGCUCUUCAUACAGCACUCCAUGAUCUACUUCUUCCACCACUACGAGCUGCCGGCCAUCCUGCAGCAGAUCCGCAUCCAGGAGAUCUUCCUGCAGAACCAGCAGGCCGGCCAGGGCAACCAGACCACCCUGCAGGACAACCUGAACAACAACACGAGCAGCGCCGCCCCAGCCGCCAGACCCGCCGCCGCGGCCAGCGCCACCAACGGCCAGGCCCGCCCGCCCGCCGACGCCCAGCCCCAGCCCCCCGCCCCGCCCCAGCUGCACCCCAACGGCCUGGUGAGCCCGGGCGCGGGCGAUACGAGCGGCGACCUGAACUGGGUGGCCGAGACGGCGGCAAUGAUCACGGAGGCGCUGUCGGCCCCGCAGCUCAGGGCGGGGCUGCUGGACGCCGAGGGCCUCCGCCUGGGACGGGCCCCGGAGCCCAGCGUCAGCGCGCCGGCCGAGCUCCGGGUCGCAGGAGGAGGAGGAGGAGCCGGGGAAGGGGGAGGGCCGGGGACCGCCCCGGAGAGUGCCUGCCCCGCCCCCAGCCCCGCCCCGGCAGGCCUGGUUACCGUGGAGAUCACAGCGAGAGGCUGCGAGCAAGGGGCCGGCCAGUCACAGGGGGAGUUGCCGGAGGCGGAGUCCACGCCCUCCGUGAGCCCCGCCCCCCCACACACAGACUCCAGGGGACCUGACGAGGGGGGGUCGUGUGACACAGACACUAAGACAGAGGAGGACUCCCAAGCCAGCCCCCCCGCCCCCGACCCCCAGCCCAGUCCAUCCUGAGCUCCGCCCACACCCUUCCACGUGCAGAAUGAUCGUUCUUUUCCCCCUUUCUUCAACACCAUGUCUUUUAUGUGGACGAAAAGCAAGGGCCUUUUGUAGAUGUGGCUUAAUUAAUUUCUUUCAGAAGACUUGAGGGGGGGGGGGGGGGGUGAGAGGAAAUGGGAAAGAGCUGGGGCUCCCACCCCCAUUUUUCCCCUGGGGAACUGGGGCUCAAAUAAGCGUUGAUUUUUCUUUCCUGAGUGGGAUUUGCUGCAGCGUAGAUUCUUGCUCAGUUUUGUUGAUAACAGGCCACGCGUGGAGACUGUUAAUUCAGAGAGGCUACAGUGACAUUUAUUUACAGGUGAUUCAUAUUUUAAUUAAUGAUUGGAAAAAUCGGUAUGUUUCGACAUUCAGGUGGUGUAGCCAGAUUUGUCCGGUCGUGUCUGAGACGAAGAGAAUAUUUCUAAUGUGAUGCUAUAAAAUAAAGGUGCUGACUUGUGUGGCGUUGGAGAUAGCUGUGUCUCUGUGGGAGAAAGGCAGGUUGGUAGUCAGGAGGGAGUCGCGAUCGUGACUUGAGCCGGGGGGAGGGGGCACACGCUGGCCCCCCCCCUCGGACGGCCGUCCUCAGACCCCCUGCCCCGCCCAUUCCAUCUAGGUAAACUUGAUUAUUCUGACUUAUUCAAACUGCGGCAGCGUAUCCGUUAAUGUGUGUGCCCCUGUCUUUUUAAGUCAUGUGCAUUUCUCAGUAAUGAAUACGGGGGGGCGGUGGGGGGGACAGCGGUGGCAGAGCCGCGCUCCUCCGUCACGCUCUGCGGCGUUCGGGGGCACCUCCCCUCAGAGGCGCCUUUCAGAAGCGACGGCGGCUUUUCCGCUCCGGGGGCGCUCGUCCGUAAUCGGCCGCCUGUCACUUCCGAGCGGAGCGGGAUCCGGCUCCCGCUCGACCGGAGCCAGCGGCUCUCGCUCGGACGCGCUCGCUUUUUUUUUUUUUUUUUUUUUUUUUUUUCUUUUCUUUUCUUCCCCCGCUCGUUACGCUCGAGCUCGACUCGGUUCCAACCCCGAUGCGCUCUGUGACCGCGGCCGUUCGCGUUCCUGUGGUGUCCGGCGACAACUCGACGUGCUCCGGGGAGGGUAAAAGCCUGGACGCACGCGUAGAUUUAAUCACAGUAACGUAGUUCUGUAGAGAAUGAAUAUCCAAAAGCAAGAGCAGUUUCCGCUUGAAGGUUCGGCUUUUGCUUCUUGAGCCCUACGCUUCGCCACGUAGGGAACUUUAAAAAAAUGCUUUAGCUUUGGCUUGUAGCCCUCGCUACUUUGCUACUGUACUGUUAAAUAAAAAUGAUGAAAAAACGGUUCAAACAAUCCACAGCACAUUGUAAGUCAGUCGCAUCGCGUACAGUCGCCUUAUGUUUGUGGAACUGAAAUGCGUAAUCUCAUCUUCAUCUCACAGUAGCUCAAGACGAAGCCCUGCUCUGUCUCAAGUUCUAUAGCAUUCGGAGGAGGCAUUAAACGCCGUCCUUUGAGACGGUGUAAAUACAAGAACACGUUUUUUGUGCGCUAGAGUUGACAGAAUAAUAUGCAAACUUGUCAACCGAUACUGAAUUUUCUGGGCUUGGUAGAGCAUUUUAAACCAGUGUUUGGCUUCUAAUGGUGGAGGUGACAUGGAAUAGCAUUCCUCAACCUGGGGGGGGGCUAAUAGGGUAUGGAACAUGCACAUGGAUAUAUCAUAAGGCUAGAUAAGCCAUAGAGUAUAGUUUUUGUUUUUUUGAACAAUGUUUUAAAUUGAGUUUUUACUCUCUUGUCUUCUAAACCCCCUAGACUAUGCUAAUAAAGCUGCUUAUUUGAGACUAACAGCCCCCCCCCCCCCAUUCUCCCCUUUGCCACAUUUGGACAGACCAAACUAUUCUCGCCUCAACGACAGUAACUGACAAGUGCAGCCCGUGCACCUGCCUGCAGUUAAAGCGUCUCCUCAGGUUCGUGUCAGAAGUGACUUCCUGUGCUCCGAUUUCCUGGAAGGAAGUGGCGUUAACGAUUCUCUGUCAUCGGAAACCGGAGGUUUGCGAAGAGCGGGAAAGGAAAGGAGUGUCUUUGGAGGUGUGUGUGCCUCGCAGUGCUAAAAAACAUGCUGCAGGACUGCAGUGGGCAUUGACAAGGGCCUGCGUACGAACGCCUGCACGUCACGAACCGAUCGCAGUCCGCCGUCCACAAAGCUUUAUUCUCAGUAUGCCUUACGUGUCCGAUGAAUGAAGUUGCUCGUGCCACUCUUAUUGCAACACACGCGGGCUGAAGGCGGUGGGUUAAAUCGGUUCUGCUUUUUUGACUGAGAAAAAGUGCAGCGUUCGAGUAAUGGCUAUGCAACAGGCGGGACGAAGGAAACGGACCCCAUGGUUCAGCAAUGAUGCAGUUAGUACAAAUUGUGCAAUACAACAAUAUUCUGUUUGAUUUGCGUCUUUUAAGUUUUUGUUUUUUAGAAGAGAUAUAACUAAUACGAGUAAUGAACAACCCUAACGAUAAGGUUUGGAGAUAAGUUGUGUGUAUUUUUCUGUGCCUAUUCGCUGUUAUGUACGAGGAAUCCGGAUGAUUGUAGCCUUGCAGCAGUUGCUCUUCAUUGUAGACAUUCUUUUAGACAAAUGUAAGCAAAUCCUUAAAUCUCUGAUGGAUUAGAUUUCUUAUCUCAUUCAAAUGUAUUUAACUGUAACGUAAAAAAGAACUGCAGAAAAAAAGAGAAUUCCUUUGUACAUAUGG